GUCAAAAGAGCAUCAAAGAGCUAGGUGCAGCACCGCGAGAGCCUCAUUCCAGAAGCAAAUUCUUUAAAAGGUAAAACCACAGCAACAACAGCAGCACCACAACGAUGGCGUCUUCUGCAUCCAAACUGCCGGAAGAUUCUUCAAAGAUCAGCUACUCGUAUGUUACACCGAGCGGCGUAUGUGUUCGCUUCCGACAGAGCUUGGCCCAGUUUAGCGAUCUGUUCAGCGAGUUUAACAAAUAUAUCGCACCAGCCUACCACCACGACCGGUGCGAACGGUCCGUCCACAUGCGGCUCUACUCGAUGAACAAGCGUGAGUUUGCGACCGUCUUUCUGGCAUUCUUCGCAUGUUUCGGCCUAGCCAUCUUCAUCGGGCUCGCCGGUCCACCGAUUACGGUUAUGACACGGAUGGACGGCAGUACGUUGCUACCGAACGCUAGCGAAGGCAGUGGUGCGGCUACGGCUGCUAGUUCUAGUAGUAGCGGCGCUCCUGCCGACGGCGGCUAUCUGGCGCGCGGUCCUUUCGUAAUGCGCACACCGCUGAUGACGACCUACUCGCAGCAGCUCUGGAUUAUAGCGAAGCUGACGACUGACAACACGGACGAUGAAAUGUUCGACAAGAAGUUCCAUAUCAACGUGUACAUCGAGGGUCUGUCGGCCGACCACAAACCAAUGCCUAUACGGGGCGCUGGAGGGGGUGGUGCGCUGCAGUUACAGAAUCGAACCCGCCAUCUGACCUGCAGCGAGCAGGAGUGCGACGAAUUUACCAUCCUGCACAUCGGUUUUCUCGAUUACGCCCAUUACAUUCUGACCGUGCGGUUCUAUGGGCUAGAGGCUUUCCACCAACGCUAUACCAUCUGCUCGGUGCAGUUCUACCUCAAAUCUUAUAAUCCGGCCUUCACGCAGAUAGAGAUAUGGUUUCGGUUCAUAUUCGUGCUGUUCACCUUCAUCGUUACGUGCUGGUUUGCACAUACGCUCCGCCGAUACCCUCUCGCGGAUUGGUCCAUCGAGCAGAAGUGGCUGUCGAUACUGUUACCACUGCUGCUCCUGUUCAACAAUCCAAUCUUUCCACUGAUCUUCAUGGCGAACAGCUGGUUUCCGGGCAUGACUGACGCACUCAUGCAAACCACCUUUCUGUGCGCUAUUCUGAUGUUCUGGCUGUGCGUUUACCAUGGAUUGCGGCAAAACGAGCGUAAGCUGCUUACGUUCUACAUUCCAAAGCUCCUUGUUAUUCUACCCAUCUGGCUGGGUGCGAUCGUACUGGGAAUUUGGGAAAAGUUUGAUGAGCUAAAUGAUCCAACGUACAGCCAUUUCGACGAUUACGACAACUACAAUGGUUUAAAGGUAUUCGUCUCGAUCGCCGGCGUUAUGUAUCUGCUUUAUCUGGGCUUGCUGAUGCUGAAGGCGUACUCAGAGUUGCGCUCGAUGCCGUACUUUGAUAUGCGUCUCAAGUUCCUCACGCUCCUAAUGCUGAUCGUUGUGUCAUUCACACUGAUCGUAACACUGCAGCAUUUCGGCUUUGACACGCUGAAGGACAACUUCAUAGCGCAGCUGUACACCAGCUACAAGAGUUCGGCCCAAUUUAUGUGCUUCUAUGGAUUACUUAACUUUUAUCUCUACGCCAUGGCUUACGGCUAUUCACCCAGUGGGCCAGCCGUGCAUGAACCCGUAAUUGCCAAGGACAACCCGACCUUCUCGAUGAUCAACGACUCGGACGAGGAGGUAAUGUACGGUUCUGACGAGGAAAGCCGAAGACCGCUGAAUUCAGCCUGCCGAAAGGGAAACGAUUACGACAGUGAUUAA